UCUUGGCUUGGCCUGCCCUGUGUCUUGGUGCUGCCAGUUCUGGUUUGUUUUUCUCUACCUGUCAUUCUGACCAUGUCUUUCCCCUCGGCAGGGCAGCUGGCCUGGAGCUGGAGCUUAGAGCCGGGGCGUGUGUCAUGGCCCCGCACUGGGCCGUCUGGCUGCUGGCAGCAGGGCUGUGGGGCCUGGGCAUUGGGGCUGAGGUGUGGUGGAACCUCGUGCCCCGGAAGACAGUACCUUCUGGGGAGCUGGCCACGGUAGUGCGGCGCUUCUCGCAGACGGGCAUCCAGGACUUCCUGACACUGACCCUGACCGAGCAGACCGGGCUCCUGUACGUGGGGGCCCGUGAGGUCCUGUUUGCCUUCAGCGUGGAGGCUCUGGAGCUGCAAGGAGUGAUCUCCUGGGAGGCCCCGGCUGAGAAGAAGAUUGAGUGUUCCCAGAAAGGAAAGAGCAAUCAGACGGAGUGCUUCAACUUCAUCCGCUUCCUGCAGCCCUACAAUGCGUCCCACCUGUAUGUGUGCGGUACCUACGCCUUCCAGCCCAAGUGCACGUACAUCGACAUGCUCACCUUCACUCUGGAGCGCAGAGAGCCGGAGGACGGCAAGGGGAAGUGUCCUUACGACCCGGCCAAGGGCCACACUGGCCUCUUAGUGGACGGGGAGCUCUACUCAGCCACCCUCAACAACUUCCUGGGCACGGAGCCUGUUAUCCUGCGUAACAUGGGGCCUCACCACACCAUGAAGACCGAGUACCUGGCCUCUUGGCUCAACGAGCCUCACUUUGUAGGCUCCGCCUACAUCCCUGAGAGCGUGGGGAGCUUCACGGGGGACGACGACAAGAUCUACUUCUUCUUCAGAGAGCGGGCCGUGGAGUACGACUGCUACGCCGAGCAGGUGGUGGCUCGCGUGGCCCGCAUCUGCAAGAGCGACCUGGGGGGAGCGCGGACCCUGCAGAGGAAGUGGACGACGUUCGUGAAGGCGCGGCUGGUGUGUUCUGCGCCCGACUGGCAGCUCUACUUUAACCAGCUGCAGGCUACGCAUACCCUACAGGGCGCCUCCUGGCACAACACCACCUUCUUUGGGGUUUUUAGGGCACGAUGGGGCGACAUGGACCUGUCGGCAAUCUGCGAGUACCAGCUGGCAGACAUCCACCAGGUGUUCGAGGGUCCCUACAAGGAGUACCGGGAGGAAGCCCAGAAGUGGGGCCGCUAUACUGACCCAGUCCCCAGCCCCCGGCCCGGCUCGUGCAUCAAUAAUUGGCACCGACGCCAUGGCUACACCAGUUCUCUGGAGCUGCCUGACAACACCCUCAACUUCAUCAAGAAGCACCCGCUGAUGGAGGAGCAGGUGCGCCCUCGCUGGGGCCGGCCCCUGUUGGUGAAGAAGAACACCAACUUCACACAUGUGGUGGCCGACCGGGUCACGGGGCUGGAUGGAACCACCUAUAUAGUGCUGUUCAUUGGCACAGGAGACGGCUGGCUGCUCAAAGCCGUGAGCCUGGGGCCCUGGGUCCACAUGAUUGAGGAGCUGCAGGUGUUUGACCAAGAGCCGGUGGAGAGCCUGGUGCUGUCCCAGAGCAAGAAGCUGCUCUUUGCUGGGUCCCGCUCCCAGCUGGUUCAGGUGCCCCUGGCAGACUGCGCCAAGUACCGCUCCUGUGCAGACUGUGUCCUCGCCCGGGACCCCUUCUGUGCCUGGAAUGCCAACACCAGCCGCUGCGUGGCCGUGGGCGCCCACUCCGGAUCCCUGCUGUUGCAACAGAUGAAUACCUCGGACACCUCGGGCGUCUGUAGCCAGCGGGGCAGUAAGAAAGUCAGGCUCAUUCCCAAGAACAUCACCGUGGUGGCGGGCACAGACCUGGUGCUGCCCUGCCGCCUCUCCUCCAACCUGGCUCACGCCCACUGGACCUUCAGGGGCCGGGACCUGCCUGCCGAACAGCCCGGCUUCUUCCUCUCGGAUGCCCGACUCCAGGCCCUGGUGGUGAUGGCUGCCCAGCCCCACCACUCCGGCACCUACCGCUGCUUUUCGGAGGAGCAGGGGGCGCGGCUGGCUGCUGAAAGCUACCUUGUGGAUGUCAUGGCGGGACCCUCAGUGACCAUGGAGGCCCGGGCCCCCUUGGAGAACCUGGGGCUGGUGUGGCUGGCCGUGGUGGCCCUGGGAGCCGUGUGUCUGGUGCUCCUGCUCCUCGUUUUGUCACUGCGCCGGCGGCUGCGGGAAGAGCUGGAGAAAGGUGCCAAGGCCGCCGAGAGGACCCUGGUGUACCCUCUGGAGCUGCCCAAGGAGCCCACCGGCGCCCCCUUCCGGCCCGGCCCUGAAACCGACGAGAAACUUUGGGAUCCGGUUGGCUACUACUACUCGGAUGGCUCCCUCAAGAUAGUGCCUGGACACGCCCGGUGCCAGCCUGGAGGUGGGCCCCCCUCUCCUCCUCCUGGCAUGCCCGGCCAGCCCCUGCCUUCUCCGACGCGACUUCACCUGGGGGGUGGGCGGAACUCAAACGCCAACGGCUACGUGCGCUUACAACUGGGAGGGGAGGACCGGGGAGGCCUUGGGCACCCCCUGCCUGAACUCGCCGACGAACUGAGACGCAAACUGCAGCAGCGCCAGCCCCUGCCCGACUCCAACCCCGAGGAGUCAUCAGUAUGAGGGGAGCCCCGCCACCGCAGUGGCGGGGGGCACGUGGGAGGUGCAGCUCCUACUUUGCACAGGCACCAGCUACCUCAGGGACAUGGCACGGGCACCCGCUCAGCAUGGGCACUGCCACGUGGUGUGGCUCACCAGGACACCGGCCUCGCGGGAGGCGUCUUCCUCCUCUCUGUGGAUCACGGACAUGUGGGACCCCAGCCGCCAAAACCUUCCAAGGCAGAAGUUUCAAGUUGUGUGUGUGUGUGCGCGCGUAUUUGUGUUUGUGUGUGUGUGUGUGCACGUGUGGCGUAGCCUUUCUGUUUCUGUUCAGUCUUCCCUUGGCCUGGGGUCUCCCUGGUGAGUCACUGGAGCUAUGAAGGGGAAGGGGUCGUAUCGCGUUGCCUCUCUUACCCCCACCUGUCCCAAGCGUGGGGCAGUGCUGUACA